AUGGCUACCGACAGACGUCAAAACGGCUACGGCACUUCUGGCUUCAAAGGCCAGAACAUGAUGAACCACUAUGCCCAAGCUCACGGCGGAGCCCAGUACCUUCCUCGCGGGCUCCCGAUAUCGUCCCACAUAGGUGACAACCCUCUCCAGAACUUGACGAACAAUAUGAGUGGUCUGAACUUGCAUGCCUCCUAUGGCUCCUCCGGCACUAACAAAUCCGGUGCAUCCAUGAUGUCUUCCACCUCGUCAGAUUACAAUGGUCUUCAGGGUCAGGGUCUAUGGGUCCCCAAUCAGCAUGUUCUGAACUCCAUGUACCAAGUCCUGCCUGGAGCUGGUCAACAGCAAGCUUCGCCUGGCAUGUACAACCAUGCAGGUGCUUUCGUCCCUGCCUAUCAGUAUAGCCAGGGCAUUGCUGAGAACCCCGCAAUGGCUGCUAACUGGAGCGGUCGUAUCUCCUCAGCCGAGAUGCCAUCGCUGAUGACACCUAGACGUGACUCCAUCUCUUCGAACGAGAAUGACAUCCCCGGUACGCCCUACAAUGGCAGCGGCCCUUACCGCUAUGGACCUUCGGCGGCCAUCAUUGAUCGUUCCCCCAAUGGAGUCUACGCGAACAGUGCAACCCCUUCACCUUCCCAGUUGGCUCAUGGGUAUCAGCUCGUUGCCCCACUCCAUAAGGCCCAGAGCAUGCCAACACUCUCACCUCGUCUGCUGGCGCUGGUCAACAAGGAGCCGUCAAUCCCUCGGGCCAUUCCUGCUCCUAACUCCCCCGCAAAGCCACUCGACCGCAGCCUUGAGAAUAAGUCUGGCGAGACAAACGUCUACAUCCGUGGCUUGCUUCCGGAGACCACCGAUGAGAUGUUGCAUUCCUGGGGCGCGCGCUUCGGAGACAUUCAGAGCUCCAAGUCGAUCAUCGAUAACAAGACUGAACUGUGCAAAGGUUUCGGAUUCAUCAAAUAUCAUAACUUCGAAGACGCCGAGAACUGCAUUCGUGGCUUCCACUAUCUUGGAUACGAAGUCAGCUUCGCACGGGAGUCGUUCUAUUCCAAGCUCAAGAAAUUCUCCGACGAGCAGAACACGAAUCUUUACAUCUCCACCUUGCCAAAGAAUUUCAACGAACACGAGCUCAGUGCCAUCUUUGCACCUCACAAAGUCUGCUCCAGCCGUAUCCUUCGUGAUGCAGCCGGGACUCCUCGUGGUGUUGGAUUCGCUCGCAUGGAGUCUCGUGAUGUCUGCGAAGAGAUCAUCAAGAAGUUCAACAACACCCCCGUCUCCAAGCCCGGAACGGAGGAGCAUAUCAUUCAGAUUCGCUAUGCCGACACCCAUGAGCAGAAGCUUCUCAAGCAGCAGACAGCUGCUGGACGAGUCUUCCGUGCUCAUGAGUAUGAGGUCGGCGUCGCUCAGGCUCGCGCAUUGAGUGCCCCGGACAGGUUCCUCUCCAUCUCCCCGGAACAGCAUAGUAGUGUCAACGAGUUCGAAAUGUUCCUCCAGCGUCAGUCAAAUGGGGCUCCAUUCGUCCCCAACCAGCGUUAUCGCCAGCCGUAUGCCCCCGCUGUCCCAUCGACUCUGGGCACCGCCCGUCCAACGAUGCCUCCCAUGCUGCUCUCAGCUGCCCAAGUUCCUGGCAAGGCUGGUCGUGACGGUUCUGACGAUGAGGGUGUCGAGAACAAACCCAGUCCUGCUACUCCCGCGAAGACUGCAGCCUCCUCUAGCUCUCCUGCUCGUGAGUCUGGACGCGAGGAGUAAGGUCGAUCCCCCACUGGCUCUCCUCGCAUGCACCUGCAGGCUUUGAAGCUCAUCUCGUCGCUCCAAUCGUAUCAGCGGCGCCUGCUCUUUAUUCAUCUCAACACUUCAAAGUCAAUUCAUG